AUGGUCUCCAUACGGCAACAAUCAUGUUUACAUGGCUUUUCCAACGCCCAAACAAAACCAUGCGACAUUGAAAAGCAACAUGAAACCUCUUCUCCAGAUGAACCAUUAGAGAAAAAGUCGAUGUUCUCAAGUCUCGGUCUCCUUGACCGAUUUUUAGCAUUAUGGAUUUUUCUCGCUAUGGCAAUUGGAAUUAUACUGGGCAACUUUGUCCCAAGCACAGGACCUGCCCUGCAAAGGGGAAAAUUCGUCGGCGUAUCUGUUCCCAUAGCCGUGGGUCUUCUCGUCAUGAUGUACCCCAUCUUGUGCAAGAUUCGCUUCGAAUCCCUGCAUCAUAUUUUCCGAGAGAAAGGCAUUUGGGUUCAGAUGGCCUUCAGUAUUGUUCUGAAUUGGAUUAUUGCCCCCUUCCUUAUGCUGGCCUUGGCGUGGGCAUUUUUGCCCGAUGAACCAGAAUUGCGACAGGGACUUAUCGUUGUCGGGUUGGCACGAUGCAUUGCUAUGGUACUGGUUUGGACAGGACUAGCCGGAGGCGAUAACGAAUAUUGUGCCAUCCUUGUCGCUCUCAACUCAGUGCUGCAAAUGGUUCUUUUCGCUCCAAUGGGGGUGUUCUUCAUCAGCGUCAUUAGCGGCGAUCCAGUUACAUUUGAAUAUUCAACAGCCGCUCAAAGUGUCGCCGUAUUUCUCGGAAUACCACUCGGCGCCGCAAUCGUCACGCGUUUUGUCGUCCGACGCAUCUCUGCCAAAUGGUACGAUGAAACCUUCCUGAAAUGGCUGAGCCCAUGGUCCCUCAUCGGCCUGCUAUUUACAAUCCUUGUGCUAUUCGCCUCACAAGGCCGCCACGUGGUCCAGCAAAUCGUCUCCGUGGUUCGAGUUGCGGCUCCACUCAUCGUUUAUUUCCUGAUUAUCUUCUUCGCAACCCUCCUUGUCACAUACAAAUUAGGAUUUGGCUACAAAUUGGCCAGUGUCCAAAGCUUUACUGCUGCUAGCAACAAUUUUGAAUUGGCAAUCGCUGUUGCGGUGGCGAUGUUUGGCGCAGAUAGCAACCAGGCUCUUGCUGCAACUGUUGGCCCUCUUAUAGAGGUUCCUGUGCUAUUGGGUCUGGUAUAUGCUGUUAAAUGGAUAGCUAGACGAGUUGGUUGGGAUGAUUGA